GGCAUCUGAUGGCCAACAACCACCUUCGGUUUGUUUUUCAAGCAUCUCCAUCUAGUCACCGCAAUGGUCCGACUGUAGAGAACAGAAGAAGAAGAAGAAGAAGAAGAAGAAGAAGAAGAAGAAGAAGAAGAAGAAGAAGAAGAAGAAGAAGAAGAAGAAGAAGAAGAAGAAGAAGAAGAAGAAGAAGAAGAAGAAGAAGAAGAAGAAGAAGAAGAAGAAGAAGAAGAAGAAGAAGAAGAAGAAGAAGAAGAAGAAGAAGAAGAACAACAACAACAACAACAACAACAACAACAACAACAACAACAAUAACAACAACAACAACGACAACAAAAACAACAACAACAACAACAACAACAACAACAACAACAACAACAACAACAACAACAACAACAACAACAACAACAACAACAACAACAACAACAACAACAACUGGGAACAGUCGGGAAAGUUUUAAGAAGUCAACACAGACGGAUCCCCUAAUGACUUGGUCACCAGUUUUUAGCACCAACACCAUGUUCCAGUUCGGGUUUAAGACUACUCUGACUGAUCUGGACGAAUAACGGGGGUGGGCUGUUGGAUUACC